GGGAACGUCGUGGUGCUGGUGCACAGCAACCUGGAGUCAGAAGAUGAGGAGAAGGAGCUGGUGGUGACCUCCCUGUGCCAUCACAGUGACCUCAUCCUCUGGGUGGAGGGGCUGCUGACUGGAUUCUGCAAGGAUGUGCACGGGCAGAUCAAAAUAAUCAGGAGAGUGUCCUUGGAGCUGACGGGGGAGCAGGAUCAGGUCAAGAUCUACCAGUACAAGAUCCAGGACAAGAAUGUCACCUUCUUUGCUCCAGGACUCUCAGCUGCAGUCCUGUGACACUGUGAUACCCCACAGCAACCUGCAGUGAGGCUGUGAGGGGCUGGCUGUGCCACCAGACCAGCCUGGCUUUGUCACCAAACCUGGCUGUGCCACCAAAACAUCCUGGCAGUGCCACCAAAUCUGGCAGUGCCACCAGACCAGCCUGACAGUGCCACCAGACCUGACAGUGCCACCAGACCUGACAGUGCCACCAGACCUGGCAGUGCCACCAGACCAACCUGGCAGUGUCACCAGACCUGGCAGUGCCACCAGACCAACCUGGCAGUGCCACCAGACCAACCUGGCAGUGCCACCAGACCAGCCUGGCAGUGUCACCAGACCUGGCAGUGUCACCAGACCUGGCAGUGCCACCAAACCAUCCUGGCUGUGCCACCAGUGCCCUUCCAGGAACUGGAGCAGCAAACCCACCAAGGAGGGAAGGUUCAGGGUGUGUGGAGCUGCAUGCCCAGGAGGGGAUUGCCCUGCCCAGAGCUUCCUUUGUCCUCCCACCCCGUUCCCAACGUUUCCAGGCCAAGAGGAAGAGCAGGAACUUGCCCGAGUGGCCCUUGCAGCCUGUGAGCACAGGCAGAGCUCC